CCGGCAACACCCUGAUGGGCACAAGGCAAUGAUGUGGCGACCCAUACUGCAAUCUAAGCAUCAAGUCAGAACCCAGGGUGUUGUUGAUUGAGCGGAAUAACCCUACCAGGUUUCACAUCCCAGGCCUCAAAAAAAGGCUGAGCGACAAGCCCAACUAAAGACAAGUGAAGAUGAACUCAGCCGGGAGGGACCGGAGUAACCUGCUCCAUGAGCUGGGAUUAUCUGAAGAUGAGGACCUUUUGACAAUUGAGCGGGAGGCAUUUGAAGCAGAACGGUGGCUUGAGAAGCGCAGAGAUCAAGAACGGCGUGAUGAAGCUCUAGCCAGAGCUCUCCAAGAGAGCCUGUACGAACCAGAGUCCCCACCACAUCCGUCGCCCAGUCGUCCUCCAGUCCAGGCAACAAGCGAUCUGCAGCAUUCUCCACCGCGGCCGAUUAUUCCCUUCACGUCCCUGUCGCCUUCUUCGAGGGAACAACAGCCGAUCGUCAGUCAUAGACCUCGAAACCCCGCGGUUCGGACUGCUGCUGACAUUCACCUGGAUAUCAUCGACCUCACUUCUUCAACCAACCAGGAAACUCGACUAGAUCACUACAAUGCGACGUCAUUGAGUCAUGGCAUGAUGCAUUACAAUCAUCAUCAACGCCAACCACACCAGCAAGUCUACGACCUCACUGGUUCCUCACCAACGCACGGUUUUUCCCCGAGCAUGGCAUCCACGGUUGAAAGGUACCGACAAUACGCUGAAAUGCCUGGAGCCUUUCCUAGUUCUACAGCUAUCCAUAACCCACACUCGUUGGAUAGCCAUGACUCUGCCAACUUCUCCCAGACGGCACCGCCGCAUUGGCCCAAUGUUUCGAGCGAUCUGUUCAACCGCCUAGGAUCGUCAGCGCCCAGUUACGACGGUGCCUCCGACCCCACUGAAAUGAAAAAAGAAUUGCAAAACCUUCUAGAGAAUAUUCGCCCAGACAAAGAUCUCAAGUGUAACGGUGAAAGUACGCCUGAAGCUAUGAAGUACACGCUAAUGGACCAUCAGAAAUACGGUCUAGCGUGGAUGAAAGCAAUGGAAGAAGGCUCCAAUAAAGGAGGUAUACUAGCUGAUGACAUGGGCCUUGGAAAGACCAUCCAGGCAUUGGCACUCAUUGUAUCGCGGCCCUCGACGGAUCCUGAGCGAAAAACUACCCUAGUAGUUGCUCCCGUCUCCCUGAUGCACCAAUGGAAAAGGGAGAUUGAACAGAAACUGAAAAGUGGAAGACACCAACUUUCAGUUUAUAUCCUCCAUGGAGACAAAAGAACUACCCCUUUCUUAAGAUUAAAGAAAUACGAUGUCGUAUUGACAUCUUUUGGUACACUGUCUUCAGAGUUCAAGCGCAAGGAGGAACUUGACCAAUUUGCAAAUGAGAAUCCUUCUCUGCGCGAGAGUCACCCCCUCGCUAAGCAAUUGCCUGUCCUUGGAGAGCGUUCUAAAUGGUACCGUGUUAUAAUCGAUGAAGCUCAAUGCAUCAAAAACAAGCACACCAAAUCUGCCCGAGCUUGCUAUGCCAUUAGAUCCACUUAUAGAUGGUGUAUGAGUGGAACUCCAAUGAUGAACAACGUUACAGAGCUUUAUUCUUUGAUUCGAUUUCUUCGAAUCGGGCCCUACAACAAAUCGGAAACUUUUGAUGCUACAUUUACUCGCCCGCUAAAGACUUUCCACGAUAGAACCCAGAAACAAGCCAUGCAAAAGCUACAAGCCUUGUUGAAAGCUAUUUUGCUUCGUCGAACUAAAUCAUCAAAGAUUGACGGCAAGCCCAUUUUGCAAUUACCAUCAAGAACGACUGAAAAGGUCCAUACUGUUUUUAGUGAAGAUGAAAACACCUUUUACCAAUCCCUUGAGCAAAAAACUCAAAACCAGUUCAACAGAUACCUUGAUAAUGGUACGGUUGGAAAACACUACUCUAACGUCCUUGUGAUGCUGCUUCGACUUCGCCAGGCCUGCUGCCAUCCACACUUGAUACAGCUCUUCAGUGAUGACAGUCAUGUCAACCUCUGUGGUGUUGAUUUGAAAACCAACGCCAAAUUACUCGGUCCUGACGUUGUUGCACGUUUGAAGGAGAACGAGGAUUCUGAAUGUCCAGUUUGUAUUGAUGCCGUGGAGAAUGCAAUCAUUUUCUUUCCUUGCGGACACAAUAUUUGCGCAGAGUGCUUUGCGCGGAUAUCGGACCCGUCCCAAGGCGUGGCCCAAGGCAACGACGGAACAGUCGAGAUCAAGUGUCCGAAUUGCCGUGCCAGGAUUGAUCCGACGAAGAUCACCGACAACUUAUCGUUCCGGAAAGUCCAUGUCACUGGCGACAACACGGAUGAGGCUGAUGCUCGUAGUGACCAUGAUGAUAUUGACAGUGAUGAUGACUCGGAUACUGAUAGCUUAAAUAGCUUCAUUGUCGACGAUGAUACUGAUGCGGAGCGCCCCAGAGGCAAAAAAAGAAAGCGCAAUACUAAAUCUGUCAGAAACACUGACAAGAAAACUGGCAAGAAAAAUUUGGCUACAUUGAAGAAGGAAUCUAUGAAGAAUGCCAAGGCCAAAAGAAGAUAUAUACGGCGCUUAGAAAAAUCCUGGCAAACAAGCUCUAAGAUCGACAAAGCACUUGAAAUCCUACGUGAAAUCGAGAGUUGUAACAAUGGCGAGAAAACUAUUAUCUUCAGCCAAUUCACUACUUUGCUCGACCUGUUGGAAGUGCCAAUUAUGAGGGAGGGUUGGCAUUACAGGCGAUACGAUGGCAGCAUGAGUCCUAUUCAGCGAAAUGAAGCGGUGCUAGAAUUUUCCGACAAUGAGAACUGCAAAAUAAUGCUCGUUUCUCUCAAAGCGGGCAAUGCUGGGCUGAAUUUGGUGGCGGCUUCUCAAGUCAUUAUCUUCGAUCCCUUCUGGAAUCCGUACAUUGAAGAGCAGGCGAUUGAUCGAGCUCAUCGCAUUGGACAAAUUCGACCAGUCAUGGUUCAUCGGAUCCUUGUGCGAGACACUGUUGAAGAUCGUAUUCUUGAACUACAAGAAAAGAAGAGGGAAUUGAUUGAAAACGCUUUGGAUGAAAGAGCUAGCCAAAAUCUUGGCCGUCUGGGAACCCGAGAGCUUGCGUUUUUAUUUGGUAUCUCUUCUCGACGACAAUAGAUUCCUGAUCUCAACUUUCUUAUUUUAAAGAAAAGACGACGAUAUUUCUACACGUCUCUUCCAACUGAUUCCCUGCUUUGCCUCCGCCUGAAAACGUCUUCAAGAGUAACCAAGUACUUGCAGCCAUGUUUAUCUGGUUUUAUCAACCCAUCUUAGACCCCUUUUAAAUUUCUUUCCGAUGUGCAACGCCUCUUUCAUGUUCCAGUUCUAUCCCUUCGUCCAUACAUAUUACGUCUUGAAUCUUAAGAUGCUCGGGCUUUUCUUUUUUCGAUACACUUCCGGGUUAUGGGCGGCACUUUGCUCUUUGGUGCAUUGCAUGCUCAUGCUCCCCGAGCUAGAGGUUUCUCGGUCAUUCCUCGAAGAUCGCAUGCACUUUGUUUUAAUGUGUUUUCCCGUGCUUUCCUCCAACGACCCUUUUCUCCAUUGAAAUUUCUUUAUUCUCAUAGCAUCAAGUCCUCGGAUC